AUGAAACUUGAUACAAUUUUUAAAAUAUUAUUAUUAAUUACAAUAAUAUUUACAAUUCAGGAAAUAUGGCCCUUAUAUGAAUUGCUAAAACAGAUACGUGAUGGAAGCAUUUUGUUUUUUAUUAAAGAACAAUUUCAUAAAUUAUAUACAUUUUUUUGCUUAUAUAAUUUAAAAACAGAUAUUAAUAUAUUCUCUACAAAUAUAAAUGUUUCCCCAAAUCCCCGUUAUUUUGUUUUUUUUGUACUAAGUGGGUGUAUAACAUUUAUAGUCAAAUAUAUAUUAAAUCAAAUUUCAACUUUGAUUGGAGAACGUCUUAUUCCGAAGAGAAAAUGGAGUCCUUAUAUUCGAGGAAUUAAACUUGGACGAUUUAACGUCAUGUUUUUUAAUUUGAUAUAUUUUUCUCUAAUAAGUAUAUUCGGAUUCAUUUCUCUCAAAGAUCAAAUAUAUUUCCCAACAGAAAUGGGUGGCCAAGGAAACACAAGUGCCUAUUUUUUAGACUACCCAAAUCAGAAAACGUCAAACUUAAUUCAUAUAUACUACUUUUUGAAUGGUGGAUAUUUAUUAACAUCUGUGUAUUCAUUGUUAAAGUCCGAAAAGCUACCAGAUUUUUAUGAGAAUUUUUUGCAACACUUUUGUGCAAUGAUAUUAGUUUAUUUUUCAUAUAGCCAUAACCUCAUAAGAGUUGGAGCCAUUAUUAUGUUAUGCCAUGACAUAUGUGAGAUCUUUUCUUCAGCAUGCCGGGUAUUUGUUGAUACAAGGUACAAAUUUAUAACCGUUUCAUCAUUUUGUAUUUUAUUUUUGAGUUGGGGAUACUUACGAUUAUACAUAUUUGCAAAAAAUUGUAUUCUACCAAUUCACAAAAAUUAUAAUGUAUUCAACUCACUAAUUCGUGUCGAAACAUUCAUAUGGCUCAUUUUUUUAUUACUUGUUAUUUUAUUAAUGAAUGUUUAUUGGUUUGUGUUGAUGGCAAAAAUGUUUAUCCACUUUAUUACUAGUGGGCAAACAGAAGACAUUCUAACAAGAGUUACAGAAAUUGAAGAAAAAGAGAAAAUAAUUGAAAUGAAAAAUAAAUAA